UUGGAACUGACAAAGCUAGGAAGGAAGAAAUGGGGAGAUGAGGACAACUAAUGUGCAGCAUCAGCAUCAUGUUAACUCAGCCCAAGGCCAAGGAAGCCUUUGACUCCUUCACUCCAAAGGACACCAUUAUCUCCCCAGAAGAAGAUAAACUGGACAAUGAUCUCCAAAAAGAAACCACAGUUCUUGGGAGUAUCCAGAUCCUGUGUUGCCUGCUGAUUUUAAGUUUGGGGGCCAUUUUGGUUUCUUCUCCCUACUCCUCCCACCUCAAGCCAGCAGUUUCCAUCGUGUUGAUGUCUGGGUACCCAUUUUUAGGAGCUCUGUGUUUUGCCAUUGCUGGAUUCCUCUCCAUUAUCUCUGGGAAAAAAUUAACUAAGCCCUUUGCCGUGAGCAGCCUGAUGUCCAAUGCAGUGAGUUCUGUUGUUGCUGUAACAGGCCUCAUCCUCCUUGCUGACAGCCUGGUAGCCCUGGGGAGGGCCUCUCAACUAUGUGGCUCACAAAGGGAACAUCUAACUGCAUUGCCUAAUUUGGAGUACGAUUAUACAACAUAUGAAGUUGAGGGCUGUGUCUUGGGUGGUGUCAGCCUAACAGGUGUGCUGGUGGUGUUGUUUGUCUUCACUGUGCUGGAGCUCUUGCUGGCUGCAUACGCUUCUGUCUUUUGGUGGAAAGAAGUCUACUGCAACCCUGCGAGUUCAUUUUUUUUGCCUCAGUCACAAGAUUAUAUCAAACAUGUAAAGACUUCUUCAAGGUCAUGGAUGUGAGAACUCUCAGCUCUAGAGAAAAAACGAAGGAGAAACCCAGUGCUCAAGGCAAAGUGUGACUUCUCUGAACUUUCAGUGAUUUUAGACUAUGAAAGAAACUUAAAAAAAAAUAGCUACUGUUUUGUAGUUUGUCAGUGUGAGUAAUUUUCUUGCCCUUGAAAAUAAUUUCCCAAAAGGCUGGGCCAGUAAAAUUUCAUUAGCCUGUCUUCCAAAAUGACCAUAAAAUUUACAAGCUUCUUUGGGUAAACUGGACAGAAAGUAAUUGUCUAUCAUAAACAAGAGGAGAAAAUGUGCUCUCUUGUGUUAGUGUGAAUUGGCUAUGUGCCUGAGCAGGCGCUGUUUCUGUAUUAUUUUCACAUGAAUAUUGCUUAAAUAAUAGACAUUAGGAUUGCAGGAAAAUUUUAAUUAAAAAUACUUAAAAAUAUAUGGCUUCCUUUUUGUCAGUUGAAUGGAUUACAUUUUUGUCAAUUAAAUAUAAUAGCUCAAUGGUUUGUCUCAUUUAAUGACUUUAUUCUUAAAUAUCUGGUUUCAAAGAUUAUAACUAAUUAUAGUGCUCUGUCCCAUCUAAGUUAUAAACCAAGUAAGAAAUUAGACCAAUAAAAAUAAUAUCAACUUCAUUACAUAUUGGUGUAAACAACAUGAACUACCUAAUAAAGAGCUUCUUAAUACUGCCCUUGGGUCUGGGUCUUGGGCCCUGUCCCAGAGGGGACUGUGCAACAGAAACAUCCAUGUAUGUUUUCCAAGUGACAUGUACAAGAAUGGUCAUAGAAGUCAUACACAUAAUAAUCGUCAAAGGAAAACUAUCCAAAUAAACAGUAGAAAAGACAAAUAAGAAUUAUGGUAUAUUUAGAUGAUGAAGUACUAUACAGCACUGCGAAUGAACAAACUACAGUUCCUGCGGCCACAUAGGUAAACCUACAAAAAAAUAAUGAUCAGGGGGACAAAAGCUAUGUAUAAGAGAGAAUAUACUGUAUAAUUCCAUUUACAUAAAAUAAAGUUUAAAAAACAAGCAAAACUAACAUAGAGUUAGAAUUGAGAGCAUGGUCACCUUUGUGGGUAAUAAUUGGAAGGAGACCCAGAGAGCCUAUGGUUUCCUGGAAACAUUCUCCUCAAUCUGGCUGCUGAUGCUGUGCAUAUGUGAUGUGUUCUCUCGCUUCUCCGUUAUAACAAAAUAAAAACCAUUUUUAACAGUUA